UCAUCAUAGCAGCAGAUAAGCAUUUCUAGUUUCUUCUCUGUAUAUUUUGGCAGUGAGACUGAUAAAAACGAGAGAUGGGGAGUCAAAGUGAUAGUAGCACUACUUUUGCCAAGAUGCCGACCAUAAAAUUCACGAAGCUGUUCAUCGAUGGAGAAUUUGUUCACGCACUUUCAGGGAAAACAUUCGAGACGAUAGAUCCGAGAAAUGGAGAGGUAAUAGCAAAGGUUGCAAAGGGAGACAAAGAAGAUGUUGAUUUGGCAGUGAAAGCUGCCCGUGUUGCUUUUGACCAUGGUCCUUGGCCUCGUUUGCCUGGUUCUGAGAGAGGAAAGAUUAUUAUGAAGUUCGCAGACUUAAUUGACCAAAACACAGAAGAACUAGCCAUUCUGGACAGCCUUGAUGCUGGGAAAUUGUUAAGUGAGGGCAAGUCCAUGGGCAUACCUGGGGCCGCAGAACUUCUCCGGUACUAUGCUGGCGCAGCCGAUAAAGUCCAUGGACAAGUGCUAAAAAUGUCAAGCCCACUUCAAGCUUACACAUUGCUUGAACCCAUUGGGGUUGUGGGACACAUCAUUCCCUGGAAUUUCCCUACUUCCUUGUUUUUCACAAAGGUCAGCCCUGCCUUAGCCGCAGGCUGCACCAUGGUGGUCAAACCCGCUGAGCAAACUCCACUCUCAGCUCUCUAUUAUGCUCAUCUUGCUAAGCUGGCUGGUGUUCCUGAUGGAGUGCUUAAUGUGGUAACUGGAUUUGGACAUACUGCAGGCGCUGCCAUUAGCCACCAUAUGGACGUUGACAUGGUGAGUUUUACUGGCUCAGCAGAAGUGGGUCGUGAGAUAAUGAAAGCUGCAGCAUCAAGCAAUUUGAAACAUGUCUCGCUAGAAUUAGGAGGCAAGUCACCUCUCAUAGUUUUUGAUGAUGCUGAUGUAGAUUUGGCUUCUGACCUUGCCCUUCUCGGCUUCUGUUUUAACAAGGGAGAAGUAUGCGCGGCAAGUACUCGUUUGUAUGUUCAAGAAGGUAUAUAUGAUGAAUUUGAGAAAAAGUUGGUGGAAAAGGCAAAAGCUUUGGUAAUUGGAGAUCCUUUUGAUCCUCAAGUUCGUUAUGGACCCCAGGUUGACAAAGUGCAGUUUGAUAAAAUCCUGAGCUAUAUUGAGCAUGGCAAGAGAGAAGGAGCCACUUUAUUAACUGGUGGUAAGCCAAUAGGGGAGAAGGGAUAUUACAUUGAGCCUACCAUUUUCACUAACGUUAAGGAGGACAUGAUGAUAGUAAAGGACGAAAUAUUUGGGCCUGUUGUGGGCCUCAUGAAGUUCAAGACUGUAGAGGAGGCGAUACAGAGAGCAAACGACUCUAAAUAUGGGUUAGCAGCAGGCAUAAUGACCAAGGACCUGAACGUUGCCAACACUGUUUCAAGAUCAGUCCGAGCUGGCUCUGUAUGGAUCAACUGUUACUUUGCAAUUGACAAGGAUUGCCCAUUCGGUGGAUAUAAGAUGAGUGGGUUUGGCAGAGAUUUUGGCCUGGAUGCCCUUCACAAGUAUAUGCAACUUAAAUCGGUUGUUACUCCCAUUUACAAUUCUCCUUGGCUCUAAAUUAUCGUAUAUAUUUAGGCCAAUACUCAUGCCCUCUCUGGCUACCUCUUUUCUUCUGAUAAGACCAAAAAGCAUGACGAUUAUUGUGUAUACGGCUGCAUAUGCAUAUAUAAUAUAUUUUACUAAAAUAAUGAUGUUAUUUGUUUUUGGUUUUUUAUAUUUAA